GCGAGGGGGGCCCGGCGGUGCCAGCCGGACUGUCCAGCCCCGGUAUUGGAUCCUCCCGCAGGGAGGGGGCCUGGAGCUUAUUUAACGGCCCCGCUUCGCCCAGCGCGGAGCACUCGGAGCAGCGCGGAGCUCAGCCGGAACCAUGGCAUCGCAGCUGGAAGGGGCCAUGGAGACGCUCAUCAACGUCUUCCAUCACUACUCGGGCAAAGAGGGGGACAAGUACAAGCUGAGCAAGAAGGAGCUGAAGGAGCUGCUGCAGAGCGAGCUGGGCUGCUUCCUGGAGACCCAGAAGGACACGGGUGCCGUGGAGAAGAUCAUGCAGGACCUGGAUGAGAACGGCGAUGGGGAAGUGGACUUCCAGGAGUACGUGGUCCUGGUGGCCGCCCUCACCGUGGCCUGCAACACCUUCUUCUGGGAGAACGCCUGACCCCCAUCCCGGCUGAGCACCCCCGGAGCGCAGAGCACCCCUUCCCCAGCGCCCCCUCCGCUUCCCAGCACGCAGCAUCCCAUUGGGAUCCAGCUCCAUAAUAAAGGCAGCGACCCAGC